AUGAAAUCACUCUUCAACCGUAUUUUCGGCAGUAACUCGUCAGAUUCACAAGCUCAACACGAUCUUGAACAAGUCUCUAGUAGUUACAACGAACAAGAACAACACUCUAUCAAUCAUACUCCUAAAAAAGAACAAACAACGAACCGCUAUUAUUCUUCAAAUCACACACCAAUCCAAUUCAUGAAGAGAAGUUUAGCACAAUCGUCGUGUCGAGGAGCCGAGUUUAUGAAAGAGAAUGGAAAUAAGAGAACGAAAUUAUUUACUUCGGGAUCUAAUGAUAGUGCUCAAAUGGGAUUUGAAAAGAAGUCCAUCUCCGAUAGUGGUGGUGAAUGGAUUCAAGUUCAUCAAAUCAAAGGCUUAACGCCAACAGAAUCCGAAGUGAUCUUGAACAAAAUUAAUGUUAUUGCAGUUGGUAGAUCUCACUCUCUAUUUGCUACAACCGAUGGUGGUAUCUACGGCUGUGGAAAAAACAAUUACAAUCAAUUGGGAAACACUCCAACCUUUCACGGUACGACCGAUGUCGAGCUCUUUACGUGCAUGAAUGAUGAAAUCUUGCGAGCCAUGAAACAAGAAAAGGAAGCCAUUCGUGAACGAUUAACAUCGUCGUCAUCAUCUUCUUCUUCCAAUCACCAGAAUGCAUUACAAGAAUUUCUCAAUUCCACUCAUUUUGAUCAUAUUUACACAGUGGAUCACAUUUCAUGUGGUUGGUUCCAUACGCUCAUUAUUGUGAAUGGAAAUAUCAUUUUGGGAGCUGGUCACUCUUAUUUUGGACAACUGUUUGGUGCAGAUUUUAACAAGAAUUUUGCAGUAUUGAAUUCAAAAAUUGAAUUGUUUAAUAAUUUUAGUAAUGGAAAUCCAUAUUGUCAGUAUACAGUGACACACUCAUCGUGUGGAACAUUUUCGAGUUGUGUCGUUUUUAAUAGAUUUUUGAUUUACCAUUGUGGUGAGGCAUCCAAAGGAGGUAAUUUUGCUGUUCCUAAUUGCUCUGAACUCAAGUCGCCAGUGAGAGACAUUGCUCAGACAGAUGCCAGUAUCUACGUCAUGUUAGAAGAUCACUCUUUGCAUUGCCAACAGAAGGAGUCUGAUCAUUUCAAGAUGGAGCAGAGACACGUGGCUGCCUUUGGAGGAGGUCACAUGUCCAAUACUUCAUACUGGAUCAAAGAAAUGACAGACAACCCUGUGGUCACAACAAGUGAUCAAAAGAAUAUGGAACUUUUCUCUGUUCCUCCCAAACUUGGAGCUAUGGAAAUUGAAUUUUUUGGUGGAUAUUACUGCAUGUUUGGAGUUAUUAACAAGAAAAUUCUCUUCAUGCAUGGUAACAAACUCAACUCGGCCAAGCUCACAGAUAUACCGUUCACAAAUGGACUAUUCAGCCCUCUGAUUUCUGCACAAUCAUUAAUGCUUUCUACACAUGCUCACAACAAAAAACUGGCAGAAUAUUUGUUCAUGGAACGAUACAAUAUUGAAUGUGUCCAGUCUGGAUGUGAUGUAAAUUUAUUAUUGAUUUCUGAAUACGUUGGAAAUGAUUUUAUGAAAACCAGAUUAUUGAAACAAGUCACAGACGAAAAUUAUCAACGAUUUUGUGACAUUGAGAUUAUAUGA